UCAGUAUCCUCUUCACGCUUCGCAUUCCGCCAUAGCUCAAGAAGGGAGGGAGCUCGAGAGUUGGAGAGAGCAGAGAAAUAUAGCUUUCAAAAAUGGCGGCUUCUUCCAUCUCGGCCACUCUGUUCCCUUCCCUUCCAGUGCCCAAUUCUUCACCAGCCUCCACGAGAGCCAGGACUUGCUGCGUCUCCUUGCCCUCCUCCUCCGGGAAUGCCUUGAAGCUCAAGAAUUUCAGCCACCACCCGUCGUCAUCUACUAGGCUUUCGGCUGCUCCCGAAGCAUUGGACUCCCAGGAGGUCCUCGACGGUCCUGACGCCGCGGCUGUUGAGAUGGCUCCAAAGCAGAAAAUCAGAAUCAAGCUCCGAUCAUACUGGGUGCCCUUGAUAGAGGACUCAUGCAAGCAGAUCCUGGAUGCAGCAAGGACCACAAAUGCAAGGACCAUGGGGCCUGUGCCACUGCCUACAAAGAAGAGAAUCUACUGUGUGCUCAAAUCCCCUCACGUGCACAAGGACGCUAGGUUUCACUUUGAGAUCAGGACCCACCAGCGCCUCAUUGAUAUUCUCUACCCAACGGCCCAGACAAUCGAUUCUCUCAUGCAGCUUGACCUCCCUGCAGGAGUGGAUGUUGAAGUCAAGCUCUGAAGGAAGGAAAUAAGUUCGAGUUGAGGUGGUGGGAGUUACUGGAAGAACUAAAUUUGGCAAGGGUAAUUUCAGGGGCCCUUCCAUGCAUUGUAGAGGGUACCCGGCAUAGACAAAACCUGUAAGCUCAAAAAUGUUUCUACAGUUCUCUGCGUACUCUUAUCUUAUUCGAAUUCAUAGAGAUGCAGUUCUGAUGUUAGGAAUUUGCCUAAAAGGUAGUGAAAGAUGUAAUCGUCAUCGUAGCAUUUCGAUUUUGUAUGAUAAGGAGUAUGUGAUAUGAGUUUGUCCGAGGACCUGAUGAGCUCUUGCUUAUGGUGGGUUCUUUCUUCAGUUUCUUGUCAUGA